AUGCAGCCUCGCGCACUCACACCGUUCAUUCUCGCCGCUUUCGCCUCCAUGGCGGCGGCCACCCCCACUCGCACGUCUAUGGCGAAGCGCGCAACCUGCACGGUCAACAGCGUCUCGACUGCCUCCGAUCUCUCGGACUGCAGUGCUGUCGUCAUUGAGGCGUUCAGCGUCCCAUCUGGAGACACUGUCACCAUCUCCGCUGCGAAGGGCGCCACAAUUACCAUGGAGGGAUCUAUCAACUUCUCCCAGACCACGGCCAGCGGACCUCUGAUCACCAUUGACACCGACGACGUGAACUUCAACGGUAACGGCUAUAGUUUCAAGGGGAAUGGAAACCUCUACUGGGACGGCGAGGGUACCAAUGGCGGUGUUGCGAAGCCGCACCCCUUCGUGAAGUUCAAGGGCUACGGCACCUUCACGAACUUCAUUGUCAAGGAUUCUCCUGCCCAAGCUAUCUCUGUCGGAACGACCGGUGGCUCGGCUACGUUUAGCGACGUCCUUGUUGACAACAAAGACGGAGAUACCGACAGCCUCGGCCACAACACGGACGGCUUCGACGUGAGCGCAUCUGACGUCACGAUCACCGGCUCGACGGUGUACAACCAAGACGACUGCGUUGCGAUCAACUCGGGCUCAAACCUCGUCUUUAGCAACAACUAUUGCUCGGGUGGCCACGGUAUCUCUAUCGGAUCCAUCUCCGGUUCAAAGACCGUGUCAGGCGUCACGAUCUCUGGCAACACCGUUGUAGACUCCAUGUAUGGCAUGCGCAUCAAGGUUGACAGCGACGCUACUGGUUCUGUCUCCGACGUGACAUACUCCGGCAACAGCAUCUCUGCAAACGACAAGUACGGCCUUCUCAUCAGCCAGAGCUACUCCGAGGACUUUGGCACUCCCGGGACCGACAGUACCAUCUCGGACAUCAACUUCACGGGCAGCAAGACGACCGUCACCACAUCGGGCUCCUACCCGGUUGUCGGUGUCGACUGUGGUCACUGCUCUGGCACUUGGGACUGGUCUGAGCUUGACGCUACAGGUGGAGAGGCUGCCGACAUCGUUCUUGGUGGUGCCAAGAUCUCCGGCGGAACCUACUAA